AUGCGUGAACUCAUUGAAGCUCGCGUCGAAGACGGCAUUCUUAAGGAAAUCAUGAUUACCAACGGACAUCCGCUCCCGGCUAAGCAAUUCCCCAGGAGCUGUCUUGCUACAGUCUCGGUGGUGGGGGCUGGCCGUGACCAGCGCUUGCAGGUCGAUAUGUCGGACUUUCCUGACCCACGAUAUCAUCCCUAUUACGGCUUUGCACGAUACCCAACCCCAAGUGUCUCGGAGUCGACCCUAGACAUUGAUCAACUCUCGAUCUCUUCGCACAAGACCUCCCGAAAGGGUUGCUCUCAUGACCGCAAAUCUGCGCGCCCAUCCUGCCGGCCGCAGCCACACGAGCCCCAUCCCUAUGGACUGGAUAGCACGCAAGCGGGGAUUGAGUUCGUCCUUCGUCUCGAGAAACCAUGCCUGCGCCAUAUCCGCCGUAACCACUCCCACGGCCCGUCAGGCCACACGUUGACCGUACAAGCUUCUCUCCUUGCCUACGCGCCACGCAACCUAGAAAACAACUCGUCAUGGCAAAUCCCUGCUGGCGAACUUGAGCGACUACUUGAACCCUCAGCGGCUCCCCAAUUGGACGGGGAGCUGACUCCCGUGCAGGCAUGGCACCGUGUCAAGAGGCAUCCUGGGUUCUCCAACAUUACCCCCGAUCGGUUUAACCUCCUCUGCGAUGCCUUGUUGGAACAAGGACGAUGCUUCGGGUAA